AUGGCCGGAAGCCCUCAAGGACAAGUUUCAGUCCGCUUUUUGGGCGAGGACGGCAAUGAACUUGGUGGCGCUGGUAUUCUUUUGCCAACAUCAGUCACAAGCAAUCAACUUCAGAUUCUCUGCAAUCAACUACUUGAAACUAGCGAUGAUCCUGUGCCGAUUUCUUUCUUUACUGAAGAUGGUGUGGAAAUUGUUGAUAGCAUUGAACAAAGCUUGCAAAAGAUUGACACUGAGAAGACUUUAUGUCUUGUGUAUCAACCUCAAGCGGUAUUUCGUGUUCAACCUGUUACACGAUGCUCCUCCAGUAUGCCUGGUCAUGGCGAGCCAGUGAUCACUGCUCAGUUCAGUCCUGAUGGAAGGUAG